AUGGCGGGGAUGGGCCGCCAGGAGCGCGCAGGCCUUGGGCUGAGGAGGGCUGGAGACCGUUCCCUGCAUGUUCUGCAAAAGUCAGCCUACUGUGCCAGGCCAGAUAGGCCUUCCCAGCCGCACCCUCCCGAGGAUGGUGAUGCAAUUAAGAAGAAGCCACAGCCUACAGACCGAGGGAGCAGCAGGAAAUGUCAGCAAGUGCUAAUGGAGCUGGAGGGAGUGUUCCGGCAUUUGGAAGCCAUAUUCAAUCUGACCUUGGUUCCCCGGAUCCUUAUUCUGCUUGGAGGAAAUGCCAUGAGCCCUAAGGAGCUCUAUGAGAUCAAUUUGGAGGGCAUCUCUGUGGGCAAUGCUGAGGAGAGCCUGCAAACACCGACCUGUGUUCGUAAGCUUUUCCAUUCACUCUUCCUUGCAGAUGUCUUCAGUGAGUUACAGGUUGUUCCUGCUAUGGGCACCAUUGUCAUGGUACAGGGGCACCGUGACUGUGGCAUUGACUGGUUCCGACCAAAGCUCAACUACAAAGUGCCAACACGAGGGAGGAAGCUGACUGUCAACUUGUCCUGUGGUGGAAACAGCAGUACAAAUCCAUCUAAUCAGCAGGGAAUGACUUCUGCCUGGGACAGCUACAUAUGGUUCCAAGCACCAGUGACACUUAAGGGCUUCCAUGAAUGACUCAUGCUCUCUAGCAUUUUAAUAGGGCAUUUUAUAAUCUGGUGCUACUUUAGUUAAUACGUAAGAAUGUUUUUAUGAUCUGUAACUAUACAUUCUCUCCUCAGAAUCCUAUAUCCAGGGAAUGUGCUACCUACGUGCAGCUGGGGUGUAUUUCACUGUCCAUAAAACAAAGCUUUAAAUGGCCCCAUGCAAGGGAUAAGCACUAAUGCAGUUUUGUUCACAGAUGUCAAUUUCUUGGUGAAACUGAGUCAGGAACCCUAGAGAGUUGGUGGGAGUAAUUCAAUUUAUGUGCAGCAUGCCCACUCACCCCCAAGAAUAUCAAGGUAUUCAUACAGCUGUUCUCUAGCUGCUGCAAGAGCAAUGUGCAAUGUUAAUGGAUGGAUUGGGACUUGAAUAAUCUAAAUUUAUGCUUAAUAUGGGUGUGGCAAAGAUUAUAUAGCAGGUUUUACUAAGCAACUUGGUCUCUCAUCUCCUUUACAGUCUGGCAAUAUCAUAAAGAUUAGAGAGAGAGAGCUGAGAAGUUGCUUAGCUAUAAGAAAAUCCACUUAGCAUCCCUUAUACAAAGGAUGCUCUAAAGAAGACCUCUAAACAAGAGUCUUUUGCUCAGGACUGUUUUCUAUGCUUGUGAGAAUCUGUCUGAGCAAUGCCACUUGCACUUAUGGGGGGAAGGCUCUGAAUAUCUUGUAUUGUUUCACUGAUAGUUGGAAAAAAUCAAAUGAUGUGUUUCAUUUCUUCUAGGGCUGCUUCCCUAUCUCUUAAAUUGCAUAUGAUCUGAUGCCUAGUUUAAACUAGAUAUAUAAAGAUCUUCAUGCUUCACAGCCCUGCCUGUUCCUCUCUUCCUUCUCCCCAAAAUUCAGUAGAAAUCCAUGGGUUGUAAAGGUCCAGAAGUUUUUCACUUUAUUUAUGCUACUCUUCUUUCCCUGGACACAAUUUGUCAAAGAUGUACAUUCUAGAACUAGCAUAUCUAUUCAUAACCUUCCUGCUUUGGUCUAAGGAGAUAAAUUCCAUUCCUUAACCCAUAGAUUCCGUAAGGCAACAGCACAAAUUUGAAUCUCAUGUCCCUACUUCCAGAGUCUCAGUAAUUAAAGAGCCCUAGAUUUGGUAAUUUCUUGUAUGUGACUUCUGAGCAAGGAAUAGAAGGAGGAGUCAGACUGGUGAGAUUCAAGAAGAUGGGAAAAGGGUAAACAAUAGUGGCCAUCUAUAAAAAGGUAAAUAAGGACAACCCAGGUGACUACAGUCUAGUAAGCUUAACUUCAGUCCCAGAAAGAUAAUGGCACAAAUAAUUAAGCAGUUUGGUUUGCAGACACCUGCAAGAUAAAUUGGUAAAUAAUGGCAUGGAUUUGUCAAGAACAAAUAGUGUCAAAAUAACCUAAUAGGUGUCUUUGACAGAGCGAAAAGCCUUCUGGAUGGGGGAAAAGAGGUAGAUGCAAGACAUCUUUAUUUUAGUAAUGCUUUUGAUAUGGUUUUCCAUGACUUCCUAAACAAGGGAUAUUACAACUUAGAGCUGUUACAAGAUGGGUACACAACUGGUUGGAAAAUUGCUUAAGAUACAUUUCCAGCAUGACCUUGAACCACUGAUGAUUACUGUGGGAACAGAGUCCUGUAGGGAUCAGUUCUGGGUCUGGUACACUUCAGUGAUUUAGAUAAUGGUGUCAAACAUCUAUUAUGUUUGCAAAUGAUAUCAAGCUGGGAGGUCCUGUAAGUGUUCUGGAAGAUAGGAUUUAAACUCAGACUGAUGUGGAGAAAUGGUUUGCAGUAAAUGGGAUGAAAUUCAAUAAGGACAAAUGCAAAGUACUUUGUUUAAGAAGGGGUAGUGAAUUAAACCUGUACAAAAGAGGAAGUGAUAGUGCAGGAAUGAAUACUGUGGAAAAGGAGGUGGGGGUUCUAGUGGACCACAAAUUCAAUGAGAGUCAACAACAUGAAACUUGCAAAAAAAAAAAAAAGCAAAUGUUCUGGGAUAUAUUAGCGAUGGUGUUGUAAGCAAGACACAAGAAGUAAUUCUUCUGCUCUAAUCUGUGCUGAUUACACCUUAACUGGAAUAGUGUAUCUAAUUCUGUUCUCUACAAUUCAGAAAAGAUGUGGUCAAAUUUGAG